ACAAGAUGGCGUAUAAUUAGAACAUCGAUUUCUCGGAUGGAAGAUAAUUAUCGAAAUGUCAACAUUGCGAUGAUCUAAAAUCACAUAGAUGAUGGCUUAUAAUCUCAAGUUUGCACAAGAUGAUUGAAGAAAGCAAGUAUGGUGUAGCUGCAGGGCCAAAGGUCGGUGGGUUGGACUCCUGGGUGUCGGUCGACACCUAUGACAUUUGGAACUGAUGGGUCAGAAGGAAAGUAGUCAUGCUGGCGCCGCAAUAGCUAAUAUUCCAGAAAAGAGAGAUAGUCUUAAGUCGGGAACAAGCACGCCCGGCUCUGGUGGUAGUCUUGGAAGUUCCCCGAUCACCGCCCACCCUAUCCCUUUCCUAGAACCCAGGCCUCCUACUACCUUACCACCGACAUUCGAUUUCUACUCCCUUCCACCCACUGCUCCUCGGUCAGCCCCGACCUCUCCUACUACAUCACCGCGUCUCUCCAGAUCUCUUGGAACAUCGUCACCAAAAUCGGUACCAAGGUCUGUGGCCAUAUCUCCAAAGCAUAGUCCAAUACACAGCCCGUUACCUAGUCCAAAACUGACAGAUCCUAUCAGUUGGUCUCCAGUUGGAAGUCCAAGGAGUCCAAGAAGCUUCUCACCACUGGGAAGUCCACGGGCAUCUCCUCGAUUUGCUGCUGGUGCACAGGUUGUUAGUAUCGUUCCACAGAAACAUGGCUUACAGGUUAUUCCAGUGACUGGAUCAGAGUCGACAAAUUAUCCAUCAUUUAUACCAGUAGAACCUAAGUCUACCAAAGCAGAAAAGGACACUCUAGAAGCUCUAAAGGCAAGUUUUGCUGCUACAGUUCCUGACAUUAAACUAGGUCCGCCACCUAAAUCGAAAAUAAGUGCAAUCAAGGUCACAUCUACAAAGCCACCAACAGAAAAGGAGAGUGAUUCAGAGAAAUCUGUUGAACCCCUUGAAGUGUCAGAAGUACAAAAUGUGUCUGUUCCUGCUUCAGAGAAAGCAGGUCAGCUCUCUCCGCCACUGGAAGGCAACAAGACUGGCUACGACAACAUAGACUUUGCUCCAAUGAUGCAGAAAGUAAAAACUCCAGAGGUAGUAAUUGCCAAAACUUUGGAGGUCCAACGCACCUCCCCUAAAGUCUCUCCAACUCGAGAGCUUGUGCCGUCGACUAAACCUCCAGUUGGUCGGGUCUCGCCAAUUGGAACGAAGACGAAAAUAGAUGCAAGGACUGCGUCUAUCACUAAAGAAUCUGUCAGUGUCUCCCCUGUGCCGAAAUUAUCAGAAUCACUCGUAUCGGCUGGCGUGCCUGAAAAGGUGAACUCAAAAGUUGAUGUGGACAGUGCAGUUAAACAGGAUGUGGAGAAGGAGAACACCUCGCCAGAGGUCAGUAGUUCAACACCAAGCGAUAAAGCAUUUGCGAGCGCUCCCGGGAAUGCAGAGGGUCAGAGUAGUGUGCAGAGUAUAACAGAUGUGAUUGUAGGAAGCCCAAAAAGAGAUUUCACAGAAACUGAUGUAGAUAUGCAAACUACUAGUCCCUCGAGUGCGAAGCACAAACCAGUUGUUGUUUCAUAUCCAGUGGCAACUUCAAGGAUGCUGUCCAGUGGCAGUGGAGAGCGAGAGCAACGUGGCCGACAGAAUUCAACUGGAAGUUUGGAUGGCCAAGAUACAAACAUGUCAAAGAGCCCAGGUCUGCGUCGGAGAAAAACGGAACUUUCCACGUCACCACGGAGUAUGUCAGUGGUUGGCGGAGCAAAUGAUGAUUCAAAUCAUCCGGGAGAUCAUUUACAAAAGCUUGGCCCCAAGUUCAGUCAGUCUUUAGAUUCCGCCAUAGAUACUCUAAGUCUAAGAAAGGCACGUUCAAAUGAACUGGAUCAGUUACAGGGACAGUUGGCAUUUAUUCAGAGUGGUGGUGAUCCACAAACUGACACCAAAACAGAAGAAUCACACUACUGUCUGACUUUGACUAAGGAGGUGCAGCUGGAACGUUCACCUUCUCCAAAAGCAUUCCUAAAGACCAGUGAUGGGACAAAGCGCCUCCCCUCUCCCAAGGCUGUGGUGACCCUCACUGGUGAUGUUCAGAUCAAUCGCCCUCUUCCAAGUUACCCGGAGCGACCAACCCAAGGACGUGCUUCACCACGGGAGUUUGAACGUGGUGGUAGAGACCGAGACUAUGAUCGGAGCGGAUCACCGCAUGAGGGGUCAAGGUCAAGCUCUUCGAGAGAUUACGAUGGUUCAAAAUCUCCUGGGAGAGAUUAUGAAUAUGCUAGAUCUGCACGAGAUUAUGAUAAUUCCAGUAGGCAAGAUCGACCGUCUUCACCAAAACAUGUGAUUAAAUAUAGCACCUGGGUUACUGGACAAAGGGCUGCUCAUUACUCACAAAAGAAGAGCCAUUCAGUGGAUUUGUUGGAGCACCCCGAUACUUCUCUCGCCAGUGAUAGGGGGAGCCGCCGUUGUAGUGAAGGGAAUUUCGAUAAUGUGAAAGUCGAUGAUGGAAUUACGAUUACACGGUUUUAUGAUUCUUCAGAGGAUUAUACUCAAAAACAUAGUGCAAGGGAUGAUGUGAGAUCAUCCCCUCCCGGCGAUCAGUAUUAUAGAUCUUUGGAUUCUAAAGGUCGAAGGUUAAAGGUUAAUGAGGUGGUCAGUAGCAGAUCGCUAGAGGAUGUCAAGGGUGAAAGUUCAAAGGGAAACCAGUCAAAAUUUGUGAUGAAGAAGCCUGGCCGACGUGGAUCUAUAGAGGAUAAUGUUCUGUGGCCGAAAACUCUUCCUGCUUGUUUGGAUUUUAGGCAAGGAAAGCAAUUUGAAGGUCACACGCUAGUUCGGUGGCUACUAUCUGCACUCGACGAAGGGAACUAUCUGUUUUAUCUCCUCUCUGAGCAAGACUUGAGCAUCAUGGCAGUCCAGUUCUGCACUCAUCUCUGCGCCGCUGGGGUCUUACAGCCAGUCAAGGAGACAGUAGUACUGUCUGGACGACCUUUCAAGCCGGAUUCCAUGUACGUGUGGACGUACAAGGAGAACAUCCCGCAGUCGGCAUUUUCACAGGCGUUCACUGGAUACACUCAGAAAAAGCAGGAGGAAAUAGAAAAGGAAAAGACCAUCUCAGACACAGUAAAUGAAGGUUUAGAACCCAUCAAUGUAUUAACCAUCGAUGAACAUCAAACUGCUCUACAAAAUCAGAAGAAAAAACAUCGUGAGGAACUUGAAACAAUAAAGCAAGCUCAUGAACUUCAACUAUUCAACCUGCGUGGUGAUCAGGCCAUGAGACUAUGCAAAUAUGAGGAUCGAAUCGAUGCUCUCGAACACCAAGUCGAACGCUACAAGAUUCUUGCUGGUAUAGAGAGUCUGAAGCACGGUGCAUGGAAUGACGAUGAAACAAGUAGCGAACCGGGAAAAGACAGUUUAUCAUAUAAGGAAAAAGUUGACAAACUUACUGAAAGGAAGGAUAGCAGUUCUUUUGAAUCAGAUACAUGUAAAAAGGAGUCGGUUAGUGUUGGGACAGACACAAGUGAUAUUGAGGAGAUUCAUGGCGAAUUGGAGUCGGCAAUUAUCAAAGGGUUAAUUGGAGAUGACUCAAGUGAUUCCGAUUAUGAUGACAUGCCCUCCAGGCGGCGCUAUGGUCGCGGUUAUAGAAAACAUCAUGAGUAUGAUGCUGAAUAUGAGGAAUAUAAGCGUGAAAAACGAUCAAGGGACUUACAGGAGAAGCAGGAUAAGAGACAGCGUGAAAAGGCUGAGAGAAUGGCUGCCAUGGAGGCAGAGGGUAUUGCCGAGGAGACUGUAGAGAAAGGUCCUGAGAAGGAGAAUGAAACACUACCUCCAACAUCAGUGCCUGAUCAGAAAGAUGAUGGUGCCGCGCCUGGUGCCCCAGCUCCUCCACCUCCGCCUGUUCCAGGUGGCCUGGUGCCACCACCCCCACCACCACCACCACCACCACCACCUGGUGUACCUCCUCUUCCACCCCUUCCUCCAGGUGGACCUCCACCACCACCACCACCACCACCUCCCCCACCUCCAGGAGGCAUACCACCACCACCACCCCCUCCCCCACCGGGUGGAGGGCCACCACCGCCACCCCCACCACCUCCUGGAAUGGGAAAACUGCCGAUUCCUUCGGUAGAGGUCAUCAAAGCUGGGUCGAGAAAGAAAGAAAUUCAGCCUAAGUCUCCGAUGAAGCCAUUGUUCUGGAAGAGGAUCCAGGUAGAGCCAGUCAGGACCAUUUCACCUGAACUAACUGAGGCACCCGCUGGCAGUGAGUCGCAACCUCCGACCCCAGUUUGGGAGAAACUGACAGAAGUGGAGUUUGACGAAGCAUCUUUCUGUGAGAUGUUCGCUAAGCCAGUGGUGGAAAAGAAACGUCAGAGCGUCAAGAAGGAGAAGCCAAAGACGAAGCAGGUCGCUAAAGUAUUGGACUCAAAGAGGUCUCAACAAGUCGGUAUCAUCAUUUCCAGUUUCAAAUUGGAUAUGAGUGAACUGGAGACAGCAAUACUCCAACUUGACACAUCAUACCUAGAGAUGGAGCAACUGCAAGCGCUCUAUGACAUGAGUGCCACCUCUGAUGAACUGCAAAAGAUUAAGAAACAUGUGAAAGAUAAACCUGAUGUCCCAUUAGAUAAGCCCGACCAAUUUUUGUACGAAAUGUCGUGUAUACCUUCAUCAUCAGAUAGACUAUUUUGUGUCAUAUUCCAAACAACAUUCACCGAAAACAUCGCUGCCAUUGAUAACAAACUCAACAAUAUCAAAAUCAUAUGUCAGACAUUGGCAACAAGCAAAGCUUUACAGAAUGUAUUUUCUAUCAUUCUAUCGUUUGGUAACUACAUGAACGGUGGGAGUCGGACUCGAGGACAGGCCGACGGGUUUGGCCUCGACAUCUUGGGGAAGCUGAAGGAUAUCAAGAGCAAGGAUAGUACCCAGAACCUCCUCCAAUACGUUGUGAAGGAUUAUUUGAGGAGAUUUGAUGAGGCUGCUGGGACAGAGAAUUCUCAUCUUCCGGUGCCAGAACCUAGUGAUAUCAAACAGGCGUCAUUACUUGACUGGGAAGCUCUUGAGAAGGACGUCAAGCACAUUCAAAAAGAUUGGACAGCUUGUGAAAAGAGAGUGAAGUCAGUUAUAGAAACGGCUGAUGCCGAUAGCCUCCAACCAUUCCAACAUGUUAUGACUGGCUUUCUUGAACAAGCGAAACAGAGUUGUAAAGACUUAGAAGACAAUUUAAACGAUUCCCGAAAAAAGUUCAACCAAACCCUCCUGUUCUUCUACUUGGGCAAAGGAAGUAAGGCUGGGAAGGACCUGUCGCCAAAAGAGUUCUUCGCGUAUUGGAUAUCAUUCUGUAGUGACUUUAAAGAUAUAUGGAAGAAAGAACAGACAAAGCUUAUGAAAGAAAUUUUGAAGGAGAACCAGAAGAUAGCUAGAGAAAUGAAGGCUGAUAGAAAGUCUUCUAUAGGGAACGUCAAGGUUAAGGAAACAAAGGGAUUGAAAGCAAAACUGGCCGGAAAACUAGGAAAGAACUAGUUAUCGAUAGAACAUGAAAAGUGGAGCCAGAUGACGGAGUCUUUCUCAAACGAUAGCCCAAUCUUCAACUGUGAUCCUCUAGGAAGCCUCUGUCCGUAGACUAAUUGGAACUUUCUAUGUGUAUAGACACUUUAUACUAACAUUUGGAGGAGUAUAAUGCAUGUCUUCUUGUAUAAUGUCAUGAUGACGUCAAAGACAUUGUGCAGGUUUAGUGUAGUUUCCUAUUAUCGGUGUGCUAUGUGUCCUUUUCUGAAGCCUGCUGGUUCAGACUAUAUGAUGUUGAUUAGUGAACAGUAGGUAAAGUAUUUAUUGAACUUUAUAAGAAAUUGUCGAAUUAUGGUGUAGUGACCCAGUCUGGGUUGUCAUAUGGAGCCAACUAGGGAUGCUGUCGGUCAUGUAAAGCUUUGUUAGCACAGAGGUCACGUUUCUUACGAAUCAUGCGUAAAUGAAAAGAAAGAAGGACCAGGGAAAUGAAUGAUGGACAGAGAAAUUCCACAACUGCCUUUCGCUGUAAUAUCAUAAUGCCUUUAUUAUCUUUGAGAUUGGAUUAGAUUCUCAAAUGGAGUGGCUAUUUGAUGCAUGAAAGUUGCUAUACUGCCUGAGUGCAGUUGGGUCACUGUGGUAUCAAAGUUAACCAGUUCUAGUGCUAGGACUUGCUUACUAGACAACAAGUUCUAAGAAAGGCCCUAUGGACUGAAAGAUCUGUUGACUUUGAGACAACAGUAUCUCAAGUACAUUGCCAUGGUUGCUUGGUAAAUGCUUACAAUAAACCGCCAAAUUUUCACUAAUAACCUCGAUUGUGAAUAUAGGAAGAUCAGGAAAAGGUGCAAAAUUUGGCGGCUCACACCAGUGGCGUUCAUAUCACAUGAAAAUAAUUGAGUUACAGAAACAGAAUAAUGUGUGCAUAUUUAUUGCCUUCACGGCCUUUAGUUGCAUUUAUACUAAGUUAUUUGUUAUUGUUUGCAUAGAUUAUGUGUAGAUCAUCUCGAAACAUUUCCAUUAUUACAAAAAAAUACAUUUUGCUGAAGUGAAACAGAAAAAUGAUGUACGUAAUUAAGUGAGGGAUGGAUAAAAGAUGGAAGACAGGAGCCAGCGAUUGAGUUGGGUUCUGUAAAAAUUAAGGUACAAUGAAGAUGUGGUACCUUUCUCAAGAACCUGAAACUCGCUAUAUGUGGCAUGAACCUUCUGUAUCUGAUUAUAUUGAUAUUUUCGUGUCUUUCGAAUAAAUAAAUGCCUCGUUCAACGUUUACUGGUAUCUUUGAAUUCAAGUGGAUGCCACUUGGUUGUUCAUAUUGGUAUCUUCAGCAUUCCAAGUGGUCUGUGGGCCAAGCUUGCUUUUUGCAGGAGGGUGUUCUUAUUAUUAUAGAAUGAAAUUAUCAUAAUAUCAUAUUGUGCUUUUUAGUGAUGAAGUGAUGAAGGUCUUCACGGAAAGUGUGGUUAAAAAAUGCUCUGAUGUACAUGUACAGCUCUGUUUGCACUGUCACGUCUGUUAAUAUUUAGGAAUAGUUAUGAGAAUUGGCUUUGUGUGCCUGGUGCAAUUCGAUGCCAAAUUUUAUCAUAAAUUAGAUGUUAAAUUGUCUGUCUCCAGGUUCUUGGAGAGCCAUGUAUUCUGAUAACUCAAUGAAUGAGUAAGACUCAGACAUUGCCACAUUCCAGGUGUGGAAAGGCUAAAUGUCAAACUGUCAAACUUUCUUAUUCAUGUGUGAAUAUUUGUACUGGUAUUGAUAGAAAAAUUCAUUUUUUUCUCUUGAGAUAAUUUAUCGAAGUUUACUUAGAAUUUAUCAACAUUAUUAUAGGGGGCACUAAUUCAACUCUCUUGUCUGUGAUCAUGAAUUAAUUGGAUGUAUUUCGGUUUUUCCAGAUUUGGCUAAUUAAUGUGAUCAAAAUUAGCAAUGGACUUUGUAAAUAAAAUAAAUUCUCGUGAGUGGGAUCGCUUGCGCAUGUACAUAGUGUGCAAUAUAUAAAACAAGAAAUAUGUACAGCUGGCGUGCAAUGCUUUUGGGCCAUUUACUGAUGAUACACAGUUGCCUAUCUCUCAACAUAACAAUGCUGGAAAACAAGAUGAUGUGACUAAAACUGAGGGAAAUUGUUUUGAGCCAAAACCUGAUCUGAAUGAUAGAUGUGGAAAUAACGAAACUAAAACAAACUAUGUUUUCGUUAAAGUUUUUGUUUAAUCUUGGAUUAAGUUGGACUAGAAUGGUUGUAUUGUUCUGGGUCCUGUGUUUUUGUUAGACUUAAUUUAUUGUUCAUCAUACUCGUUGAAAAACAGAUUCCCUUAUUUAUUGGCCUUGAAUAUAUUUAUGUCAUGAUCAUGUAUAUGUAUGCAUUUACAGCCCUCGGUUACUUCUCUUUAUUUAAGCUGUCUUGUUGAUAUAUAUUAUGUAGAGUUUUUUACAUGAGGUGUUACUAGGUCAUUGCUCAUCGAAUAAACCAUUUAAAA